AUGAAAUUCGCCAGGCUGGAGUAUGGUCUGCUGGCAGCAUGUGCCCUCAUAUUACCAGCAGCCAGCAGCCCUAUUAACCAACAGGACUGGAUCGCAACAUGGACAGCAACAACACAGGAAGUCGAGGUCGCCAACCUCGCACCGUUACCAUUUGGCGGAGAGAAUGUCACCCAGUUCGAAAACGCUACACUGCGCCAGACAUUCCGGGCAACAAUUGGUGCUGAACGCAUCCGGUUCCAAUUCUCGAAUCUCUUCGGACAGACAGACCUGCCCAUCACUGCGGGUUCUGUGGCAUUGUCGGUAGAUGGCAGUGCCGGUGUAGCUGGGAUUGAUAUAUCCACAAUCCAGAGCAUAACGUUCAAUGGCUCUGCAUCUGUGACUAUUCCUCCGGAGGGGGUUAUCUACUCUGACCCGAUUGACUUCCACCUCUCUCCGCUGUCGAAUGUUGCCCUCACUCUUUAUAGCGAGACAGGACAGGCAGGGAACAAAAUCACAGGCCACCCCGGUAGCCGUACCACGUCGUGGAUGGAAUCAGGCAACAAGGUCACUGCCUCCUCGAUUACAGAGACUAGUGUUGAACACUGGUACUUCGCCAGUGCCAUCGAAGCCUGGGCUCCAAAGAGCAACUCCGGCCUCGUCAUCCUCGGCGACAGCAUCACAGACGGACGAGGGAGCGACGACAAUAAAAAUAACCGAUGGCCCGACGCCCUCGUCGAACGGAUGUACAGCAACAACCUGACCAACAUCGCUGUUACAAAUCAAGCGGCCGGUGGCAAUGCCAUCCUUGAAGGAGGUCUCGGGCCUCCUCUGCUCGACCGGUACCGUCGCGAUGCCUUGGGACAGAAGGGAGUCAAAUACGUUAUGAUCUUCGAGGGCGUCAACGACAUUGGAGUCUCGGAUACAGACUACCAGACGCAGGAAACGCUCUUCGACGACCUAAUCAGUGCAUAUGAGCAAAUAGUGGCAGACUGUAAAGACGCAGGACUGGUCACUAUCGGGGCGACCAUCACUCCAUUCGCUGGCAGUCAAUAUGGGGACCCGGCGCGUGAGAAUACCAGAGCUAGGGUUAACGAGUGGAUUCUUGCAGCUAGUCCUUUUGACCAUGUGGUUGAUUUUGCUAGUUAUAUUGGGGAUGGGGAUAGCCUGAAGCCGGAGUUUGAUUCAGGAGAUUAUCUGCAUCCUAAUGUUGCUGGUUAUAAGGAACUGGCAGGGAAGUUUGACUUGGGAAUAUUUCGGACAUAGUCUACGUACUUGGUGAUAGCAAGAAAAAUACAAACAAGGCUGAUAUUUCAGGUCUUGUUAACCCUAUUAAUCAACCUCUAGUACACCUAGAAGUUCCAAGCUGAAAUCUGUUCAUAGUUCAAUGCCCUUACAAAAGACAACUUGCAUUAGGGCUACACAUCAGUGAGUACCGGUCCUCAGAAUGCCUCACAGAUCGCCUUGCAGAGCCUCACACUGCAAUUUCAGUGAGUAUGGGAGAUCGAUAACAGUUCCUUAUGAGAAAAAGUGUCCAGUUG